CAAGGAUGGACAUGAUCUUGGAUGGUGGCAGCUACGGAGGAGUCACCCACAGAUUGUGUGCACUCUGCUCUGAGGAGAACGCAGUGAGAAGUGCCAGCCAAGAGAGAAGCCUUCAAGACCUGUGCGGGGAUAGGGCUCAGGUUGGAUGUGUUCCCAUCACUGUGGACAAUUUUGGCUGCUUCAGCUGUUAUUCUGGGUGUGACAUUGGAGCUUUUCAGGAAGAGACAUGGCCUCAGCCACAGCUACCAAGAAGAUGAUGGAGGAAGCCACAUGCUCCAUCUGCUUAGAGCUGAUGGCGGAGCCCGUGAGCAUCGACUGUGGGCACAGCUUCUGCUGCCGGUGCAUAGCGGGCACCCUUGAAAAAAAUAACCCUGUGACAUCAUCCCAGGGGACGUUCCCCUGUCCCCUGUGUCGGGCACCAUUUCAAAGAGAGAGUCUCCGGCCCAACAAACAACUGGAAAACCUCAUUGAAACCAUGAAGGAGAUAGACAGUGAGAAGCUGUGUGAGGAACACGGGGAGCAGCUCCACCUGUUUUGUGAGGACGACGGGCAGCUCAUCUGCUGGCACUGUGAGCGCUCCCCCCAGCACCAGGGACAUGCCACAGCUCUUGUGAAAGAUGUAUGUCCAGCCUACAAGGAAAAGCUCAAGAAAGCUGUGACAAAACUGAGAUAUCUACAAGAACAAUGUAAGAGUCAAAAGCUGCGAACAAGAGAGCAGAUAACUGAAUGGGAGGAGAACAUAGAACUUCAGAGGCAAAAAAUCCAAUCUGACUUUGAGAAUCUCCAUAACUUCCUCCAUGAAGAGGAGAAGUGUUUUCUAUGGAGACUGGAGAAAGAGAAAGAGCAGAUACUGAGGAGACUGCAGGAUGGUGAAGCCAGUCUGAAAAAACAAAGCCUUGAACUCAAGAAUCACAUCCUGGAACUGGAGGAAAAAUGUCAGGGCUCAGCCCAGAACUUGCUGCAGGAUGUGAAAGACACAUUAAACAGGUAUUCAGAUGUGAAGCUGAAAUUGCCAGAGACCUUCUGUUUGGAUCCUCAAACUGUGUGCCAUGUUCCUGAGCUUUGCUUUGAUGUGAAGAAAAUGUUAAGGUGCUUCCAAGGGAAAGGAAACCACAUGCAGGAGCCCAGAAGUGGAGCUGCAGGGGGACUAGCAGCGAUUUUGUUGCUGACUGCUCUGUGA